GAAGCUGCUGGGUUCACCACUGGUGUGCCGUGUGGUCUGAGGGAGUUGAGCAGAUUGAGGGUGAGGUGCUGAUAAACGUGGAUAAGGCAGUCAUCUCAGGGAUACAGCGGCCAUGUGAUUAUUGUAAACGGAUGGGUGCUACCAUCCGGUGCCGGGCCGAAGGCUGCUCACGGUUCUACCACUUCCCCUGCUCAGCUGCGAGUGGAUCAUUCCAGUCCAUGAAGCAGCUGGCGCUCCUCUGUCCAGAGCACAUAGACAAGGCCGAGGAGAUUGCCGGAGAGGAAGCACGGUGUGCAGUGUGUGACUCCAUUGGGGAACUGUCAGGUCUGCUAUACUGUACGGGCUGUGGGCAGCACUAUCAUGAUGCCUGUCUUGAGAUCAGUGCCACACCACUUCAGCGGUCAGGUUGGCAGUGUCCCGAGUGCAAGGUGUGCCAGACCUGCAGGCAACCAGGGGAGGAUUCGAAGAUGCUGGUUUGUGAUGCUUGUGACAAGGGCUACCACACCUUCUGUCUGCUGCCAGCCAUAGACUCCGUGCCCCCUGAUUCAUGGAAGUGCAAAAUGGGGACAGAGCUUGAGGUGGUUGAAACGGCAGAAGUAAAAGAAAGCAUUACGGAGGAGGAACUACGGCCAGAAGGUGCUGAGGGCUCCACAGAGACUAAAGUGCGCAGUGAGGUCUCUACAGAGCAGCAGGCCCCUUUAGCUACAGUUUCAGACGUUGAUGAAAAACAAAAAGAGGAGACAACUACCAUUGAAGCAGUGGUUACAGAGGCCAUUGUGGAAAAAUCAGAGGAUACUCAGGACCCUCCUGUGAAGGAUAGCCCAGAUAGUCCUGUACCGGACACUAUAGAGGAAGCCCAAUCUGAUGUAGCUGAAACUAACAUAGAAAGGCAGGAGUCGUUGCAAGGGCAAGACAAUACUCCUCAGACAGAGAUGGAGUCAAUCUGCACAGAGGAGACUACAGAAACAAACCCUCCAACAAGCUCAUGUUCUCAGUCUUCUCAAAUCACACUCCCUGUUUUGGAAGAAGCAGAGCCAGUUGUUAUGGACUUGGAGGAGGUGGGAUCUAAGGCACGGCAAGAGGAGGCGAUACACCGGACUCCUCCCCCUGCUCCUCAGACAGAAAUGCCCCCUGCAUCUGACACUGAUGAUAUAAUGGUCCAGUCUGAGGAUGAAGAAGAGGAGGAUGAGCAGGGUGUGGAGGAAUCCUUAGAGGAGUCGCUCCUCAAAGAUGAGAGUCCGGGAGAAGAUGACCAGUCCAGGAAGGAGAUGCAAGAGGAUAUGAAGCCAGAGCUGGUCCUCGAUGAGUCGUCAAACAUUAGCCACGGUGACGAGAGCAGCAGCGGUUUCCUCGGCUCGCCGGCUGAGGCAGACUCUCAGAUGCUGUCCAUGGAACUCAGCCUGAUGCCAGCCGGCAGGACCCGUUCUGAUUCGCUGCUAACCGAAACGGAGGACUCGUUGCCUUUUGAUCCACUGAAGCCCGAUGGAGAUAAAGUGAAGCGCAGGGGUUCUCCAGGACGCUCACGGGGCAGAGGCAGUGGUUUCCCAGGGAAGCGGCGGCCACGUGGUGGUGGCGGCGGCAGCAGCAGUAGUGGUGGAAGAGGGCGUGGACGGUCACGUCUCAAAGCAAUGGCCUCUUGCAUUGAUGCCUUUCUUCCUCGUAUGUCACUGGCACUUGAUGCGGAGAAGGCUUUUGACUAA